UCUACAACGCCAUCUAUAUUAUUAUUGGGGAACGUAACCUAGAAAGUAUCUCAAAGUAUUUUUGUACAGUAUCGUAACACGAAACUUACGAUUAUGUUUGGUAUUAUAAUUUAAAUUGAGUCGGAUGUGGGUAUAUCGGAUACGUCUAUGUUGUGCAACCUUCCUAUCGGCAGACAAUGCGUGCUACAGUGAGUAUCACUUCGUAGUGUUUACGGAGGUAGCUUCAUGGACAAUCGAUUUACCCGAAGUGAGAAAGUAUCAUUUUGAGAAAACCGAAAAAUAUAAUCGAAAUAAGGAGGUUUUAAAGGAUUUUAAUAAGGAUCAGAGAUUCUUCGACAACAUAGUGCCGGAUAGUCCUCAUAACAGAGAGCAACUGGAGCAUGAAGAUGAUAAUUAUGAAGAAAAUAAUGUGUAUUCAGACAAUGCGAAAUAUGCAGAGGAUUAUGAAUACUUGUCGUAUAUGGAGAAAAAAGUGCAUGGUAUAGUCCAGAAUGGAAGCAUUUACCUUGAAGGCCUGCGGCGCGCGCUGGAGGAGUACGGAGAACUGUUGAAGAACUGUGAUCGACUCAACUUAACUCAGCCUCAAUCACCCAACGGACCCUGGCUGCCGCAAAAUGAGCGUCCAAUCCCAGGCACACCCACAAUUGCACCUCUGCCCCCUCUAGGUCCAAGUCCCUCCCCUUUGUUCCCCGAUUCCCCCAUGGCCGCCCAACAACCACCAGUCCCUCAAUUCACCCCAUCACCCCAAGGGUCCUCCGAUCCACCACAAGGGAUCAACCAACCUAAUAUUCCCGGUAACCAACCCAACCGCACUUUCCUCAACCAACCCUUCUUAACCGGGCAAGGGUUGGACCGGGAGACGUGUGAGCGAGCCACUCGAGCCAGCGAGCAAGUUCGCAGACUUGCCGAGCUCGCGACGUGGGCCACGAGAGAGUUGCAGGAUAAGGCUUAUGCUGCGAAGUAUGAAAAGGUCAACACAAUUUCGCAGAAGAACCAUGACGAAGAAGAAGAAGAGAUGGAGCUCCUCAUCAGAUUGGCCUUCUUCCUUGACAGACUCGCGUACUACACGGGCUACGAGCCUAACGCCAGGGACUACAUCACGCCGGAGCCAACUCGUGCCCCAACAUCAACUUUGCCCCCAAUCUCGCCGAUGGGAGACAUCCCUGAUGACGUGAAGAAGAUGAUGAUGGAAUGUCUCAACGCCAAGUCUGACGAACCAGCGCCUGAUCGCUGCCGGUUCCCGCUGCGGUAUCCCGAAUGGAUGAGAAAUUCUAUGAAUAUUACUGAUACUCCGGGUAGAGUCGAGCCCUUGAGUACGGAAUCUCCUCCAAAUAAUAGAGUUCCUUCAUACAGAGAAGUGUUGAGAAACCCUUCAUCAGGGCUCCGCCGAAUGAAACGAGAAGCCACUUUGCCACAACAAAAGAUGUCGACAAGUCUGCAAAACAGUUUGACACCUGAAGUUCGGCAAAAGAGAUCCGAAGACCCUUUGCUUGACGUCAUGAAAUACUACGUGAAACACAAAGUCUGGACGAAUUCAAAUCCUGGAACGGCGACGGGAGCGGCAGAAUUCGACGUCGGCAACCUCCUGCCGACUGUCAGAUCCGAUUUGACAGCUGUCAAAAAUGACGUUUACAAGUCCGUUCAGAAACGCUCCAUAGACCAUAAAAAGUAUUCACAUUUGCGUUUACCGGAAAACCCCGCUCAGGACAUAAGCAGCUACGUGAAGCAUCGAAGCGGUGUUAAUUAUAUCAAGGACGAUAGUGAAAGCGCGAAAAUCCGUCAAUACUUAGACAAGAUACGCCACAGUGACAGGAGUACAGCCAAGAAACUCGUUCAGAAACUGGAGAAAACUUUGAAGUCCGUUCAGAAACGUUCUAUAAAGCCGGAGAGGAAGUUCCUGCCGAGUCGGUCGCAAGACCCCAGCCAAGAUAUCAGCUAUUACGUGAAGAACAAGCCAGGAACUAGGUAUGAAUAUAACCCGUUGCAAGUGGCGCAAGCGCGGGCAGGUCUGGAACAGGUCUUCCAAACAGGCAACAUAGCGGUGGUGCAAAGAUUUGGCAGUAACUAUAACCCGCUCAUACCCUUCCCGCUGGGCGCUGGAGUCUUCAGGAGUUUCUAUACUGAUUUGUAGUUAUUAUGUUGGUAUCAAUUGUAUUUGUUAUGUAACAAUAUAAAAUAUAUGAUUUAUUUAUGAA